AUGGGUUUUCAUAUUCCUGAUUUGAACCAAAUUUACAUACCGAAGAGAAGAAGAUCUUCCGGUGCCGGAAAUAAAGAACAACCCGAGAUUGAAACCGAUUUUCCAAUGUCUAUGUCAGAGGCUGCGGACGUUCUGGUAGAGAUGUCAUGCUCUGUUUUUGAGGCUGAACCAGAAAAAAUUAACAAAACCUACAAAAGAAAAAAGCAUCCGACGCCGAUGCCGACGCCGACAACUAUGACUGAGAAACAGAUGAACAAGAAGGCAAAAAAGAGCAAGUCUCCGUCGAUUCCUGAGAUACCGGCGGCAAUGAGAGAUCGGAUCGUGAAAAUGGGUGGCUAUGGAAUUAAUCUGGUGAUUCAGAAACAACUCCAAGACACGGAUCUAAACAAAAAUCAAGGGCGUUUGUCCCUCCCAGCAGAGAAAUUACUAUUCGAUUUUGCAACCGAGGAGGAGAAGAAAUUGCUGAGCCAACGAGAAAAUAAAAAGAAGAAAGGGAUGAAUGUAUUGAUAAUGGAUAAUGUUUCUGAAGAAAGAAGUAUUUGCUUGAAGAAAUGGAAGAUUGGAAGUGGGGAUGUGUACUGUUUGAUGACACAGUGGAAUGCGUUUGCGGAAGAAAAGGGAUUGAAAAGUGGACAACAUAUUCAAAUUUGGUGCUUCAGAAGAGAUGAUGAGUUUGAAGCUUCUCGUCUUUGCUUUGUUAUGGUUAAGUUAGAUUAG